UUACCCGUGUUACAAUACCAGUAGGCCCAAGGUUUUUUCCCUUUCUGGUGAGUAUAGUAGAUUCCCAAAAUUUACAACACGUCUAACAAAAAGCUGUUCUCCACUUUCUUUAGGAAUUCGAUAGGGAGAGAGGAAAAAAAAAAAAAACAAAUCAGGGUAGAUGGAGGUGAAAAGGCCAAGUAGUGUUUUGAAAACCGAUCGCAACAGUGAUGGCACGACACAGAAGCCGAGAACGAGCCUACUCAGUGUAAGAUCACCACAAGCAGAGCCAGAGAGCCACCAUAAAGAAAGCAAACCAACUAUGGUCAUCGCGACACCGCAAACAAAGGGUAUGUCUUCUACAGAUAUAGAGAUCAUCCCUGACGACGACGACGACGAUGAAAUAGCAGUGCUAUAUUAUCACAAAGCCAAGAAUGUUAUCUCAGUCGAACAGUACUCCGAGGACACAAACCUCCAGCGCGCAAUCAUGGCCUCUAUCGGCUUCCCAAAACCUAAUAGGUCUAAAAGAAGGGUCAUAGACCUCACUCACGAAUACCCAAUUGACGACGAUGAUGUUAAAGUUAUAGCUUCAUGGACGCCCUCCCGGAAGACAAGAAAAAGGCCCUUUACGAUCGCCGAAAAAGGGGAGUCUUCUAAUUCCAAGUCUUCGUCUGAUGAUCUUCAUACUCCAACCUUUAUAUGUGAAAUCUGUGUUGAGCCAAAGUCAUACAAUGAAUCAUUUAGCAUAAUGGGUUGUACACAUUCUUAUUGUUCCGAUUGUAUGAUCAAAUAUGUGGCUUCAAAGCUACAAGACAACAUCACGCAGAUUCGAUGCCCUGUUUCGGACUGUAAAGGGCUUUUGGAGCCCGAGCAUUGCCGAUCCAUUUUGCCCCCGGAGGUGUUUGAUUGGUGGGGGAGUGCUCUCUGUGAGGCGGUGAUUCUAGGGUCUGAGAAAUUUUACUGCCCUUAUAAGGAUUGCUCGGCGCUUUUGAUCAAUGACCCAUUAAAUGGAGAGGUUAUUAGACAAUCGGAGUGUCCCAAUUGCUACAGGUUGUUUUGUGCCCAGUGUAAUGUGGCUUGGCAUUUGGGGAUUGAGUGUGCGGAGUUUCAGAAAUUGAACAAGGAUGAGAGAGAGAAGGAGGAUAUUAUGCUGUUGCAGCUUGCUAAGAACCAGAAGUGGAUUAGGUGUCCCAAGUGCAGAUUCUAUGUCGAGAAAUCUGCAGGCUGUUUGUUUAUGCGAUGCAGAUGCGGACACACUUUCUGUUACAACUGUGGAGAAUAUAUGACAGAACACUACUGUAGGAAGUGUAGGCAUUAAGUCCUCAUAGGUACUCAUGUGAUCUCUUCCACAAGGUAAAUGUAGAAAGAGUAGUGCAAAUGUGGUGUAUCAAAUGGAAAUAUUAGUAGUUUUAUAUAUUAAUUAAUUAUUGAAAAUUAAAUCAGAAUGAAAACUGCAUCCCGAAUGUUAGUAUCGUCCUCGAGGCAGUUCAAAUGUGAUUCGUAUGAAAAUUGGUAAAUACUUGAAAUGCAUUCAUUUAUCUUCUGACUGAUUAAUUGUUGGAAGUGUUCUAUUAUUGUCA